UAGGACUAUGAGCUUUCAUUUUCAAGUUCGACUCUCCACAAUAGCAAUUUUUUUUUUUUUUUUGAGCUGAAAGGCAUAGUUCAAAACCAGCCAUGGAUAUGAAUCCUAAACUUGAAAAAAUUUAACAACCAUGGCGGGGACUGUAGGCAUCUUUCACGAUAAUCUAAUCAAUGUACAAUCAGAAACUCUAUGCCGGAUAGGGCCUUUCAGGAUUGAUGGCAUGUCGUGCAACAGUUGCAAGACACUACUUGGAUGGAAGUGUUUCGAUCAGAAUCCUUCCAAAAUUCUGAUUCAUGUUCAUAUGGACAAACUGAAGUUAUGGAAUGGAGCAAAUCAUGUUGAUGUGGUUGGUUAUGAACGUACUAGCAAAAAAAACAAUAAAUGCGAAGUUUGUAAGUUACUACAAAAAAAAUGCCCUCCAAAUUGUGCUUUUUUUAGAUAUUUCCCGCCGGGAAAGGAAUCAGAAACCUUAGCCAUGAAGGUAAAAGAAGUAUUUGGCUUACCUAAGGUUACUGACUGGAUCAAAAAAUUUCAACCCCCACUUAUGGACAGCCUGAUGCGCUGCAUCAUUUUUGAAGCUAAUACCCGCUCUGUCAAUCCCAAUAGCGGGCUCAGGGGGGUCAGUACCAUCAUUAGAAACCUGCAAAGCCGUAUUGAGCAUGCCGCAAAUGAUCUACAGGUUACUAGAGCCAACUCAGAAAUGCAUCGACUUGCCAAAAAGGGGCAGCCGACUUGUCCUUCAGGUACAAGUUCUUGGCCUUCUUUCGAUAACGCUAGUGUGUACUACAUGUGCCGCAAAUGCAGGACCAGCAUUGCACGUUGCAAAGAUUUUGGCAAUCUCAUCGAAGCGGUGCCAAACAGAGGGAUCUUCAACAAUACUAUUAAUCUCAAAGAUGGUGUUCGUGAAGGGGACCUGCAUUGUGUUGAUUGCAGCAGCAUUCUGGGAAUGAAAAUUGAACUUGCAACAAAAGUACAGACGGUUUUGCAACUGGAUCAACUGCUUCUAUGGAAUGGAAAAUAUUCCCUAGAAGCAGUUCCGUCACCCGCAGAUGGAGUCGCACCACCCGGGCAAGACAUGGUGCAAGAACAAUUAGUAAUCAUUGAGGAUGAUAAUGGGAUCACACAAGAUCAGAUCUGGGGCGAUCUGGAAGCCCAGGAACCUGCUGGAGAUGAUGCCGUUUAGGCUUUAUAUUGUUUUUUGAGGAUGGAUAGUCUUUACAUUUUUCUGCAAGCCCAGGAACCUGCUGGAGAUGAUGCUUUUUAGCCUUUACAUUGUUUUUUUUUUUUUUUGAGGAUGGAUAGUCUUUACAUUUUUCUGCAAGCCCAGGAACCUGCUGGAGAUGAUGCUCUUUAGCCUUUACAUUGUUUUUUUUUUUGAGGAUGGAUAGUCUUUACAUUUUUCUGCAAGCCCAGGAACCUGCUGGAGAUGAUGCUCUUUACCUUUACAUUUUUUUUUUUGCUGAGGAUGGAUAGUCUUUACAUUUUUCUGCAAGCCCAGGAACCUGCUGGAGAUGAUGCUCUUUAGCCUUUACAUUUUUUUUUCUUUUUCUGAGGAUGGAUAGUCUUUACAUUUUUCUGCAGCAUAAUUUCCUUCAUCUUAACUUUAAAUGGUUCGAGUUCCUGUCCUCUGUAUUUCUGUGUUACAAUAUUGGGUAGACUUUAUUACAAAUGUACUUGGA